UCCCGAAUAAUGUGCUCCCCCGUUCGUCGACGACCUUUUUCGUCGACCCUACUCUCCCAGACCUGGGGCCACCCCCUCAAUGCCCACAAUUGUAGUCCAGCCUGGGCUCCCAGCCAUCCAAGCUCUCAUAGUUAGGAGUCCCCCGGAGCUCGUCCUGUCUGGUCCUUUUAACUUGGAGUUGCUGACUGAGUUCACUUGCGGCGCUUCCCUUCCUUUCGCUCCUUCCUACUCCUCUCCGGUCUCCUCUUAGUGUGUAAUCUCCCAUCGUUCCUCCUAGUUGCAACAUCACCGUGGACUCUUCCAUCUCCUGUACAGUUCUCACUUGGACAUAGCUGUACAAUUUUUCUGUGAAAACGCAUUCGCGGUAAACCCGUCCCGAGCUGCUUGCGCCCGCCAUGUCUACCCGAAAGAGAAAGCAGGAAGCUGAGGAGGAGGAAGAGCUCCAGGCGCUUCCUAGUGACGAGAGUGAGGAAGAAGAAGAAUACGAAGAAACAGAGGGUUCUGAAGCUUCCGCUGGUUCUGAGGAGGAAGAAGAGGAAGAAGAAGAGCAAGUCGAAGAAGCUCCUCCAAAGCCAAAGAAGCGUCGGACAGCUGAGCCUGUAGAGGUUCCUGACGAAGAGGGCGAAGAGCUCGCUUUCGAAGAAGGAGAAGAAGGAGAGGAAGAAGGCGAAAAUGGUGGCGUCGUAGAAGUAGAGGAGGAAGAUGAGGAAGAGGAAGUCGAGGAAGAACCUACCGACACUGCAGCUAAAUCUGGACCCGCAGCCGCAGCUAAAGCGGCAAAGGAGAGCACCAUACCAAAGGAAAGUGAUCUCGAAGAGGUCGAAGGGGAAGAAGAAGAAUAAUGAGGACACCAGCCUGUUCUCAAGUCUUUUUUUUUGGUUUCGUCAGGAAAUUCUGAGUGAGCUGGUUUGAUGGACUCUUAUGCUCGCGUUAUCGUAAGAAAUUAAUAGAUAUAUAGCUAGUCUCUAUGGAAAUCCUUCUUGCUGUGGUCCAGAAUCAACGAAAACAUAGGUAGCCGAUCAAGGGUAGAAUGUAUAGCUUGCCGUUUUGGGCUUUGUUGGCGCCACUAUAUAAAAUGUAGAGAGAGCAAUUCUCGCCACAAAUGCGCUUUUAUUUGCAGGCAAAGGAAAUCAGGUAUCCGAUGAAUCUAGCCGAUUACAUAGUAUGCAAUAUAUCAAUCGCGGCAUGA